UUUUUAUGUCCAGCACAAGAAACAUCUUGAAGUUUUUGAAGUUUGGGCCUGGGAAAAGAAGACAUUUGUCCAGGAACCUAGCUUCUUCAAUGUUGCUACACUCAAGAGCUUUCGGGACUGCCAGCUUCUUCCUCAAUGGAAAUAUUAUCAUCAAGGAUGCUAAAGGCAGAGUCAAAGAGAUGUAUUUAUCAAAACGAGAUCAAUACAAAAGAAAGCCUUCAGGAAAGAUUAGCAUUGCGGAAGCUCUAAAUGAUUCAUUUACUGGCUAUUCUGGUCUAGACUCGUUUGCGGAUGUCCAUCCUUUCCACCAGACUUUAAGAUUCAAAAGGUCUGUAGCUAAGCUAAAGGAAAAAGCUAAUGAAGUAUGUGAGAUUUACCCGACAAUGCCUAAACCAGGUGUUAGGUCAAAGAUAGAUGAAGAUUCCCUCUUCAUAGAAAUCCCUCUUCUCAGCACCCACGAUGAUAUUCUUAAAGGAAUUUCGAUUGAAGAUGGAACCUUAGAUAUCACUUUCGAAGAAGGAGUCCAUUUCAAAGAAUGCAAGGUUAUAUUGGAAAAGAGCGAUGCUCUUACAGACGAAGAUAUUGAAGCCUUGCUUGAAGUUUACAAGAGAUCUUACAUAAACAGCCUCAAGCCAACUAGAUAUAUGAGUACUGAAAACAUAGGAAAGAUGUUCAGCAAAAAUAUUAGCGUCGAAUCUUUGAUCGAGAAAAGUAGUACCAUUGCUUUGGCUGAGGCUCUUCAAGAGAAAGGGUGCUCUGUUUACAUCCCAACAGAGUCAAGUACUCUUAGUUGGAAUAACCUUGCUGGAUAUGAUAAGGUCAAGAGGAUUAUAGAGGACUCUGUCCUCUUCACCCUGACUCAUCCCGAUGUGUUUAAGGAGAUAAUCAACAAUACUAGGGUUGAUUUUGAGUCGAAUAAACCCAAAUGAAUUCUGUUCGAAGGACCACCAGGAUGUGGAAAAACAACAACUGCUAGAAUCAUGGGACAAGAGGUUAAUGUUCCACUGAUUUACCUCCCAGUUGAAGCUAUUCUAUCCAAAUUUUACGGAGAGAGUGAAUCUAAACUGUCUGAAAUUUUCGAACACUGCCAAAAAUUCAGGGACUGUAUUCUAUUCAUCGAUGAGAUAGACUCCUUAGCGACUUCAAGAGAAGAUAACAUUCAUGAAGCUACCAGGAGAAUGCUCUCAACUCUUCUCAGGAAGAUUGACUCGUUUGAGACACAGGGAAAUGUGCUGCUGAUUUGUGCCACCAACAGAAAGGAUGAUCUAGACUCAGCUUUAAUUUCAAGAAUUGAUUUAUCCAUAAAGUUCGAUCUCCCAGAUGAAAAGACCAGGGGCCAGAUCUUACACAAGUAUGCAAAGCAGCUCACCAAGGAAGAGCUCGAUACUCUUGCUCAAUCUACUGAAGGAAUGUCUGGAAGAGAUCUGUAUGAUAUCUGUAAGGAUGCUGAAAGAAGAUGGGGUGCCAAGUAUAUCAGGAAGGAAGUUGAGUCCCUCAUCCCUGAAAACAUUAUCUACACUCAAUGCGUGUCUGACAGACAGGCUCAAGUCCAGGUAUAACUCAGUUUCAAUAAAAUA